GUUGCAUUUUCCCUCCAUCACAACAGCUAGCAACCAAAACCAAUUAACCUAAAAACCUCCUUCUAGUCACAUGAUUUUAAGUACUUUCAUUGGGCUUUUAUCCAAAAUGCUCACAUUUGUUACACACAAAACACCAUCAUCAAACUCUCAUGCCUUGUAAUUAUAAUGGAUACAGAACUCCAACUCAUAAAAAACCUACCUGCAUUAAUACUGCGCAGAAAUUCAUCAUCAAACUGCAGGCCUGACCCCGAAAUCGAAGAUGAACAUCGAUACACAAGCUUGAAGGAUAUCAUAUUGAACUCGCCACAACACAGCACCACAAUCCCGGAGGAGAGUGACUUUGAAUUCGACCCUUCGAACAUCACGAUUCGAAACCAGCUGGUGAAGCGUGCAGCCUCAGCAUAUGUGCAGUCAGCUGCAAUACUGGCCAGCAGUCGAAACCAAAACUUCAUUGUGAGCUUCUGGGGGAGGCUUAGGGGCAAUGUGACAUCAGGUUCACGCUGGUACGCUUAUGUUAGGAGCCCAAUAGAAGCUUGUUUCAGGCCUAUUUUGCAGUUUUUAGCUUGCAUGGUUGGGAAUGUGAGGACCACAUUGAUCAACAUUCCAAUAUCUUGAAGCUAAUAUAUAUAGGGUGAAUGUUUCUCUUCUCCAAGAUGGGUUUAUUUUCUUUUGGGUUUUGUCCUUAAAUUUAUAGGCUUUCAGUUCCAUUUGUAUGUAACACAAUGUUGGGUUUGUAUUAUAAUUUCUGAGGUACAUAAUGUAAAUUAUGCGUAAA